AUUGUAAAUAGCUUGUAAAAUUACACCUUUCUCAGGUGAAAAAGCCCAGAAGGGCUAGAAGAGCGUUAGUUAGCAUCACCUCGUUGGGUGAAGAAGAGAAGGUGAGAGAGAUGGCGAAUCAGGGUGCCAAGAAACGCAAGGAAGAGAACGCUCGUCACAUGUCUAGGCUCCGUUAUAUCAUCAUCGCUUGCAACGUUAUUUAUGUAUUAGUAAGGAUGUUGAUCUUCCAUUCAACGUUCACCUGGAAGCACUGGAUUGGCCUGAUUGUGACUUCUCUAGCAUAUCUUUUUCCCUAUCAACAACUUGCUAAGAUGGCAACCCCUAGUUACGCCGAAGAUGGUGAACUUUUAGAUGGUGGGUUUGAUAUGACUACAGGUGGAGUUUGUGGCUAUUUACAUGAUGUUAUCUACAUAACAUGCUUUGUGCAAGUCAUGUCCAUCAUCUCUGGAAAAUUCUGGUACAUAUAUCUUGUGAUACCAGCUUUUGGAGCUUACCAAUCCUUUGGCUUUAUUAAAGGAUUUUUGCCACAAGGUUCAGAGGAAUCACCUGAAGAUGAAAAGACCCGCAGGAAGAGGGAAAAGAUGGAGAAGAAGGCAUCCAGACCUAAGUUUGCUAAGACAAGAACUAGAUAGGUUGUUGAAGUGUACACCCAUUUAGAUAAUAUAACCCAAAUUAUCAAGAUUCAUAGAGGUUGUCCUGUAACUUAAUUACGAAUACCAGUUGCAUUUUGGUCUUAGUUUUGUUGUCAUGUAUAACAAAUUAAUUUCCUUUUUUAUGUCCCACCAUUUACGAAAAGAGACAGGGAAACAAGAACAUCUAUGCUUUUUGAAAAGUUUUUG